CGUAAAUAGUAAACACGUGCGGUGUUUCGCAGAACGACGAUAGUGCCUUGGCUUAUGUUGGAAAAAACUAAGACAGCACGUAGAGCUUGCCAACGAUAGUAGAAUAAGAAAUUCACGUAAUAAUUUGUAGAAGAUCAGUUGAAGGAAAGAACAGGAAAAUCACAAAUAUGGGGAAGCACAAAAUCAACGUCUUAAAGGAGAACCAGAAGGUCAUCCAUCCCAACAGCAGGAAGGCCAAAAAGUUAAAUAAGAUGGUCAGCAGAGAAAUCAAAAUGAAGAAGAGAAGGGGUGAAAAUAACUUGAAGCUGCAAGUUCUGGGUGACAAAUUGCUGUGGUUCAAGAAAGAAAUGGAUCCAAGUAUAGAGGUGUUCACUUCAAAGGAUGUUUUGAAUAUGAUACAGAAAUACAUUGACCGCAACAUGGAAGAACUUGAACAAAUCAACUUAAAACACAGUAUUGGGAAAAGAAACAAAAACCAGCAUGCCAGUCGCGAGUCCACAAUAAAGAUUGUGCAUGAGCAAGAGACCGCUCUGUUCAGAGACAACGGCUUUGAAACAGUUGACUUCUUCUGCCCAAAGAACUUGCAAACUUUCAAGUCUUGGUCUGGAGAAUUGAGGUUCCUAUCAAACCUCAAGCUGCGAAAGUACAAGAGAAAAGACCUCGAGGAUAAUUUAACAAGCAGACUUGAGCCAGAGCCUUCCUCUGCUGCACCAACAGAAGAAGAGACCAUGGAUGAAGACACACAAGAAGUAGACGAGGAGGGA